GCUGACCUGUGUUUUAGAGGUACAAGUAAUCACAAGACACCAGAGGAGUUAGAGGAGAAGAAUACCUGGGCUGUCGGCACAGCAUCAAAUACCGACAGCCCCGCAAAACAAGGGACAAAACACGCACCCAGGGAGCGUGUCGAGUUAUUCGCAGACACACCAUCUUCCAAGUAGGAAGAUUUUGCUUACGCUCGUUCAGUGUCCACGUCAUUGACACAAUGAGCUGCAGCAGUGUUGCAGGAUCAGAAUUCUCUGAGGAAGAGCUGGAGCUUGGUGUGCUGGACCAAGAGGAGGAAAGUCCCAAGGCAUCUUUCCAAGAUAGUGAAAGCUCAACCAGCAGUCCAAGUGACCCAAAUGAAGGCCAGACCAAGAAGCGCAAUCGACCCGUCCGCUCAAAAGCUCGAAGAAUGGCUGCAAAUGUCCGUGAGCGAAAACGCAUAAUGGACUACAACCAGGCAUUUAAUGCUCUACGUGUUGCUUUAAAUCAUGACCUGAGCGGCAAACGGCUCUCCAAGAUCGCAACACUGCAGAGGGCCAUCAAUCGCAUAUCUGCUCUCUCAGUUUUUUUGAGCUCCAAUCCUCCCAGCAAGCCCUGUGCUCACUGGGAGUGCAACAGGUCAUCUCUGGGGCCAGCUGCAGCAGGAGCAUCUCAGCUUGAACAGCGCAGGGUAACAGUUUCUUGUCUGCAGCAUCGAAGUUACGUCCCCUGGCACGCGUCCCUCUCUCACCAUAUGCAGCCACAACAAGGGCCUCAUAUGCACAAGGUGUCCACAGAGCCACACAUCAACAUGGAUAACACUGUGUCAUCAUGUCCUCCGUCACCACACUACCCUUGUUAUCCCACUGAGGGACAGCUGUAUGCCUCAUACGGACACUGUGGCAGCCCCAACGACCAUCCGCCCAGCCCUCUACGAUACCCUCAGGUGGGUGAGGGGUUGGGGUACCAGCCAGGGAUGUGGGCAUCCUGCACUCAGAAAUACAUGGACACUUUGAUGGAUCCUCCUCCAGCUCUGGGGAUACCCUGGCAGGUGAGCUACCUGCAAGAGCCAGAGCACAGCCUCUCUCUGGGCUCUGACAUAUUGUAAUGGGUUAGAUUCACCACUGUGAAUCCUCAAGACUGCUUGGAACACCACUGGACUGUUGAAUAAUCUCAGAAAGAAAGGGUUUUUAUGUUUCUACUGUUGGAAUCAACUCAGUAUUGCAGUAACAUUCUCUUAUUUUUGAGCAAAGUCAUGAUAAAGUAAUAAACAGAUACAGAUAAAAGUGCAAUGGCAAUCAACACUGCAGAGUGUGAUACCUAGCUGGAAAUAUAUUUUGAUGUUACAUUUUAAAAUAUUAAUGUUUCUCUGUCUGCUUGUUGAUAAUUCACCCACAUAGUUAUGUUCUACUUGUUUAGUUGUCAUUGUUUGGCAUUAUGUAUAAUUAUUGAGCUGAAAUAUUGGAGCUUAUUUUACACUACUAAAUGUGUACUAUAUGAAACAUAAAUACUUAUAGCCGAGUAAGAGCAUAAAGAGCCAUUAGUGGACUGAUCAUAAAAGACAGGGCAGUUUACAUAUGUGCUACACUGUGAUGCAACUUGUCCUUACAUUACGUUUUCUUUCAGCUAUUUCUACCAUCUUGUGACUAAGAUUUGAAAGUUAAAUGUUUGCAUAUGUAUUUAUUUUCUUAUUGCAUACAAAGUCAUUGCUCUUUGUAAAGUUGUAAGAAGUUUGUACAUAUGUUUUUAAACUUCAAAAUUAAAUGUUAAUAUGAUAUGAUUAUUGUAAUGUGUCCUUUCAUAACAUUGUUAGUUGUGAUUGCCUUGGAGUCUUUGGACUAUCAUAUAGCACUAACACAAUGUUUUGCUUUACAAAUAUGUGUGGCUGCAUGUCCAUGUGUGUAUGCAUGUCUGUUUGUGUGCUUGUGAUUAUAGCCUAGGGUCAGAAGCCUCUUCCACUCUCAGUCUGAGAUGACAGAGGUCCUUCACUCAGUUGAAAAAUAUCCUUA